CCCGCCGCGGGCCCCGGGGCGCCGGGGCGCUGAGCAACAGUUGGCCCCGCCGCCGCCCAGCAUGAAAGUGUGCCGGCGGAAGGCGCUGGCGCUGUGCCUGGGCUACGCGCUGCUGCUGCUGCUCGCCGCGCUCAACCUGCUGGAGUACAAGUGGCGGCGGGAGCCGCGGCGCUGCGGGGAGCCCCCGGCAGCCCCCCGCCACCACCCCCCGCCGCCGCCGCCACCGGCCGGGAGCCGCGGCCCGGCGGGCGCCCGGCGGCAGCUGGUCUAUGUCUUCACCACCUGGCGCUCGGGCUCGUCCUUCUUCGGGGAGCUCUUCAACCAGAACCCCGAGGUCUUUUUCCUCUACGAGCCGGUGUGGCACGUCUGGCAGAAGCUGUACCCCGGUGACGCCGUCUCGCUGCAAGGGGCGGCCCGCGACAUGCUGAGCUCCCUGUACCGAUGCGACCUCUCCGUCUUCCAGCUCUACAGCACGGCGGGCGCCGGCAAGAACCUCACCACGCUCGGCAUCUUCGGGGCGGCCACCAACAAGGUCAUCUGCUCCUCGCCCCUUUGCCCGGCCUAUCGCAAGGAGGUGGUGGGGAUGGUGGACGACCGGGUGUGCAAAAAGUGUCCCCCGCAGCGCCUCAGCCGCUUCCAGGAGGAAUGCCACAAGUACCACACGCUGGUCAUCAAGGGCGUACGUGUCUUUGACCUGGCGGUCCUGGCCCCGCUCAUGCGGGACCCGACCCUGGACCUCAAAGUCAUCCAUCUGGUGCGGGACCCCCGGGCCGUCGCCAGCUCCCGCAUCAAGUCCCGGCACGGCCUCAUCCGGGAGAGCCUGCAGGUGGUGAGGAGCCGGGACCCCCACAUCCACCGCAUGCCCUUCCUUGAUGCUGGCCACAAGCUGGGCGGGAAGAAGGAGGGGGCGGGCGGCUCGGACUACCAUGCCCUGGGUGCCAUGGAGGUCAUCUGCAGCAGCAUGGCCAAGACCCUGCAGACUGCCCUGCACCCCCCUGACUGGCUCCAGGGCAAUUACAUGGCCGUGCGCUACGAGGACCUGGUGGUGGAGCCCAUCAAGACCCUGCGGCAGGUGUACGGCUUUGUGAACCUGGCAGUCAGCCCGGAGAUGGAGAAGUUCGCCCUCAACAUGACCAGUGGCCCCGGCUACUCCUCCAAGCCGUUCGUGGUGUCGGCCAGGAACGCAACCCAGGCGCUGAGUGCCUGGAGGACUGCGCUCAGCUACCAGCAGAUCAAGCAGGUCGAGGAGUACUGCCACCAGCCCAUGGCCCUGCUGGGCUACGAGCGGGUCGGCAGCCCCGAGGAGGUGAAGGACCUCAGCAGAACGUUGCUCAGGAAGCCGCGGCUGUGACGGGGCAGCGGCGCCCGCCGGGCGCCCGGGGGUGGCGGAGCGCGGGCAGAGGAGCUGCUCCGGCUGCCUUGAGUGAGGGAGGGAGCCGGGAAAAGCACCCUGGUCUCCGAUUUCCUCCAAAGACUGCUGAAGGGUAACAUACAGUAAUGUGAUGAUUUUUUUUUUUUUUUUUUUUUUUUGGUUUGGUUUGGUUUGGUUUUUUUUUGUGGUUUUUUUUUUGUUGUUGUUUUGUUUUUUUUUUUUACCCGCCCCCUUUGCAUUAUGUUAGAUGCGAUUUAAAAACCAAAAUCAAGUGGAACUGAAAAUAUGUGUAAAGCCCCUUCCUCCUCUCUACAACGCCAGGCAGUUAUUCUGUACCAGUAUCGUGUUCAUGAAGUUCUUGUGGGUUUGAAGAUGGUAACAAAAAACUCUUGCACAAUUCCUAACACAUCUUUAUCUCCCUUGGUGUGGAGGGGAUGCCCUUGGAAAACAUAAUGCUGAAAAUCAGACUUUUGUAUGAAAACAAAUGUUCAGACAUGAUAGUAAUAAAAGAAAAUAAUAAAUGAUAUUCAUUUUUAUAAUUACCUCAAUUGUUUGGGAAAUACAGUGUUGCUUAUGUACAGCUGGAGGGGAUGCUUGCUUAAAAUAACAACGUGGACUUCUUAAAGGGUAUGGGCAGAGGGCUGGAGUGCAACAUUUGAUGUGUUCAAAGAUCAGGAGCUGCUCUUGCAGAAACAAAUACAGAUCUUGCAAGUGUAGUACAGGUUAUAUGGCUGUGUCAAAGCAGGUUUCUAUUUAACUAUUGUCUUUUCUGUUGUAUUUAAAAAGUCUUUCAAGUGCCACUGUAUUAGUGUCCUAAGAGUUUUAAAAUGUUUGCCAUCGCAGCAGUAUUUAUUUUUGUCUUGACAUGUAUGUCCAGGAGUCACUGUUAAGUAGAAGUGGAUCUACAGUGUGACAAGAAAUGCAGGAUUUAAAAAGACAUUUAUCAUACUGGAAACAUUAGCAUGUGUGACAACAAAAAUAAAAUUAUAUAUAUUAUAUAUAUUCUAUAGUGCUAACAAAACAUAAGAUGUAAGAUAUUUCUUGACAUUGAUUGGUAACAGGCAGAGCAGGGGAGCAUAGAAAAAUGCAUAAAAUGAUUUAUUUUUUCCCUUUGUCUGUGUCCGAGGGUAUAUUUAUGUACCAAGAGGGAGGAAAUGUACAGCUGUGUGUUUGUGGCUGUAAUAGAGCCUUUAUGGAGCCAGCCCAGCGUUUGAUUUCAGAGCACUGGUUGGAGACUCAUUGCCUGUGAAUUGUCAUUGCUCUGUGAUGGAGCCAGAUGGUGGUCUGGCUCUUUCUGGGAGCUCUGCCUAGAGUCUGUCCCAUCGUUAAAACUUGAUGAUUAAAAAAAAAAAAAAAAAAAAAGAAAAAAGGAGAUUUUGCUACUUCUGCUUUUGUAAUUUCUAGGAAAAAAGUCCUGAUUUACUAAAGGUUAAGUGGUGUGUUGCAUGUGAAAAGUGCAGACACCCUAAGUAGUUUUUAAUCUUGGUGUUCUCUGCUGCUCUUUGAAGGCUCAUUUUGGAACUUGAGUUUUUAAACAAACGUAGUUUUGCCAAACUGUUCUCUUAGGAGACUACAGACUUUUCUACAGGAAGUACAUUUUACAUUGCCUAUUUGGGUGUUGUGCCUUCAGAAAAUGUGAAGAGUAUGAGUAGGAAAAAGGAGACUGAUUUGUGAAAAUAAAUUAAUAUAAACCGGAUACUGAUACGUGUGUGUGUAUGCGUGGGUGUAUGUGUGAAAAUUUUAGUGAUGUGUAAUAUGUCUAUUUCUUGUAACUCAAACAGCUGAUAACUGACUACUAAGAUUUUUGAGUUCUUGAUGAAAUUUUGGCAUUAGAUGUUGAAUUUAUUCUGAAAAGGAAAAACAUUUAAUAAACUAGUUAAAAGAUUA